CUUGAGCUGGCUUGUUUGUGUCAUCUGUCAUAUGCUUCUAUCAGUCUUUCUCCACGAUCCCUAUACUGGCUCCGAGCUGCCUUAGAGGGGUACCGGUAAUAUCGCUCCUGACGACAAUAACUGUACCCCCUCCCAACAGAGAUAUAAACGGAUCAGCGGCGGCGUUCUGUCUUUUCUGCAAGCAAGUGUGAGACAGAGGCAGGUGGGAGAUAACUGACCAGUUUUUUAACAACAUCUUUAUAGUUUGGUUGUGUAGUAUACUAAAACGUCCACAAUGGGCAAGGAAAAGACCCACAUCAACAUCGUAGUUAUUGGACAUGUGGAUUCUGGCAAGUCCACCACUACAGGUCAUCUCAUCUACAAAUGUGGAGGCAUUGACAAGAGAACUAUUGAGAAAUUUGAGAAGGAAGCUGCUGAGAUGGGCAAGGGCUCCUUCAAGUAUGCCUGGGUGUUGGACAAACUGAAAGCUGAACGUGAGCGUGGUAUCACCAUUGACAUCUCCCUGUGGAAGUUUGAAACCAGCAAGUACUAUGUUACCAUCAUUGAUGCCCCAGGGCACAGGGACUUCAUCAAGAACAUGAUCACUGGUACUUCCCAGGCUGACUGUGCCGUCCUGAUUGUCGCUGCGGGCGUCGGAGAGUUUGAAGCUGGUAUCUCCAAGAACGGGCAGACUCGCGAGCAUGCACUGCUGGCCUACACCCUGGGGGUCAAACAGCUGAUCGUUGGCGUUAACAAGAUGGACUCCACUGAGCCACCUUACAACCAGAAGAGAUACGAAGAAAUCGUCAAGGAAGUCAGCACUUACAUCAAGAAGAUCGGCUACAACCCAGAUACCGUGGCUUUUGUGCCAAUCUCUGGCUGGAAUGGUGACAAUAUGUUGGAGCCCAGCACUAACAUGACCUGGUUCAAAGGCUGGAAGGUCACCCGCAAAGAUGGCAAUGCUGCUGGUACUACCCUUCUGGAAGCCUUGGAUGCAAUCCAGCCACCAUCUCGUCCCACUGAUAAAGCCCUGCGUCUGCCUCUGCAGGAUGUCUACAAAAUUGGAGGAAUCGGUACUGUGCCAGUAGGCCGUGUUGAAACUGGUAUCCUGAAACCAGGUGUAGUGGUUACCUUCGCUCCUGUCAACAUCACCACUGAAGUCAAAUCUGUUGAAAUGCACCAUGAGACUCUGUCCGAAGCACUUCCUGGGGACAACGUUGGCUUCAAUGUCAAGAAUGUGUCUGUGAAAGACAUCCGUCGUGGAAACGUUGCCGGAGACAGCAAGAACGACCCUCCACAGGAGGCUGCUAACUUCACUGCACAGGUCAUCAUCCUGAACCACCCAGGUCAGAUCAGCGCUGGCUAUGCCCCUGUGCUGGAUUGCCACACUGCUCACAUUGCCUGCAAAUUCGCUGAGCUGAAGGAGAAAAUUGAUCGUCGUUCUGGCAAGAAACUGGAAGACAACCCCAAAUCCUUGAAAUCUGGUGAUGCUGCCAUCGUUGACAUGAUCCCAGGCAAACCUAUGUGUGUGGAGAGCUUCUCUGACUAUCCUCCUCUGGGGCGUUUUGCUGUGCGUGACAUGAGGCAGACUGUGGCCGUCGGAGUCAUCAAGGCUGUGGAGAAGAAGGCUUCCACCUCUGGGAAGAUCACUAAGUCUGCCCAGAAGGCUCAAAAGGCUAAAUGAAUGAUGUGUUCAUUACCUGCCACCUCAGUAAUCAAUGGCAGAAUGGUCUCCGAACUGUUUAAUUCAAUUGACAAUUUAAGUUCAAUAGUCAAAGAAUGGUUAAUUAUUACAAUGCAUCGUAAAAGUAUCAGAAGGAAAAAAAAAAGUUUUGUUGACUAUUCGUUUUAAUUUGUAUUGUGACCAUUAGUUUUUGAAGUUACUAGUUUUCAUUGUACUUUUAAAUAGGAACAGCACCAUGACUAACAAGUUUGUUGUGGAAAUUGAGACCAUAAAAAAACAGAAUUUGCUUUUGUCUUUUUGCAAGUAGCAGGUACUAAUCCUCACCUGAUUUUGCAGUAUAUAUUUAAAGUACAAAUUGGAUGUUUUUGUUCUGAAUUGUUAAAUUAUGUUUCGCUUUCAUAAUUGAAAGGGCAUGUAAACAUCCCAUAUUGUGCACUGUAUUUUGUUGAAAUAAUUCAGUUUCUGUGAACAAGAGCCUUUCAACAAUGCAUUAAAAUGGUUCAGAUUAUA